GGGAUACAUUUAAUCGAAUAGAAAAAGUGUGAGAAAGAGCGGCAGACUGGAAGAGCGAGAUCGUUUGACACACACUUCUACCUACUUCUACCAAAGUUCUGAAUAUCUGUGUACAAAGUGCUGCAGCAGAUUUAAAAAUGCCAUCAGUAAGUCAGCUACUAAGAUGCUGCACAACACGGAAGCGAAUUAAUCGAGUCCGUUUGAUAACCAAAGAAGGUCAUUGCAACAUUGAAUAUGGCAAAAUGAAGUACAGCACAUGCUUUGCCUAUAUGAAUGACAUCUGGUCCACCUGUGUGCAGAUUCGAUGGUAUUCCCUAACAUUCUUCUAUGUGGCCUCCUUCAUUUUCAGUUGGUUUAUCUUCACACUCCUGUGGUACUGGGUUGGCUAUAGCAAUGGAGACUUGUGGUAUCAAAACCCAUCAGUUAAUCACUCUGCAUGUGUACUUAAUCUCUAUGACUUAACCACCUCAUACCUGUUUUCAGUGGAAACACAGCUGACGAUUGGCUUUGGCUAUAGAGUAAUUACCCCACUUUGCCCGGCUGCGAUUACAGUCUUCGCUGCUCAGAUUCUUGUUGGUAUCGUCAUCGCAUGCUUUUGGUGCGGUGUACUCAUAGCUAAAAUUUCCCUGCCCAAGAAAGUCGCCAAAGCCGUCACUUUUAGCGAGAUGGCUGUCAUCUGCUGUAAACAGGACACACUCAGUUUACAGAUACGUGUUGCUAACAUACGCAAAAGCUUGCUGCUCGGCAGUCAGAUCUAUGGCAAGCUGAUCAGGACCAGAGUCACAGCUGAAGGAAAGACCUUCAUUAUGGAGCAAGUCAAUAUCGACUUCAUGGUGGAUGCUGGGAAAGACAACUUGUUCUUCGUCUGUCCCUUAACCUUAUAUCAUGUGAUUGACAAGACAAGCCCAUUCUUCCAAAUGGCCGUGGACACUCUACACCAGCAAGACUUCGAGUUGGUGGUGUUUUUAGAUGGCACAGCCGAAUCCACCAGCACUUCCUGCCAAGUCAGGACUUCAUACCUGCCUCAGGAGAUCAAAUGGGGCUACAAGUUCCUCCCCAUUGUCUCACGCAGUAAAGAGGGCAAAUAUCAAAUAGACUUCUCACACUUUGACAAAGUAGAACCUGUACCAACUGCUCACUGUGCAUACUGCUAUCAUGAUUUGAAUGGCCAUCACGUCUCCAACCAAGGCAUUGAUAAUGCUGGUUUUGAGGUGAUCGAAAUUGGAAGUCAAGACAAUCAGUCAAGUUCUAUGACAACAUAAAUGUUUAUAUUUGCACUUAAUAUGAGAGACACUUUGUAGUAAAUGGCUAUAAAAAAUAAAUAAAACAAAAGACAAUUUUAACUACUUUUAACAAGUUAUGAAAAAAGUUUCUAACUAUGACGUGUAAAUGGCAACAGUGUAAAAUAUAAAUUUUAUUAUAUUAUUUGAACAAAAUAUGCAUGAUGUGUCUCAUUAACGCUGAAACACAAGUCUGCAAAAGCUUCUAUCAACAGCUCUAAUCUGGUUGAUGCUUUUUUAUGUACAUUAUAUUAAGUAUAUUAAAUAUAUACCUACUUCUUGGAUCACUGUUUACACUGUAAUAUAUUUCACAUUCUGUUUCAGCAAUUUCCACAGAUAUUUUAUAUUUCACUCAGAAGAAUUGAUGCUUAUUGGCUUGACUUGAUGCGUUUGACAGUGUCCUGUUUUCCAUUUGUUUCCAUUUAUACAAAACAACACAGGUUUCAACACAAAACCUGGUUGCUAAGACGUUAGGGCUGGGAUGUGUAUAGAUGUUUUGCCAGGUAAACAAAGAUGUACCCAAAUAAAGCCAGAAAUUAUUGCAGCAACACAAAGAAUGAUCUUUAUCUCUGGAUUUAAAUAUAAUUCAAACCCUGUGGUCUGACUGGAAGACAACAUCAGCAUAUUCCCCCUUAAUAGACAUUAGACAUAAAUGACAGCUGGUUGCUAUGUUAAGUAGCUGCAGUAAAAUAUCUAAAAUUGAUCUAAAACUAGACCGCAAAUACAUAUACUACUGAUACAUAUACUAAUCUCCUGUUAUAAAUGGCUUGUUUAGCCAAAUGUGGCACAAAAUCUAAUGUUAAAUAAAGAAUAAAUCAACAUAACCACUUAAGCUUGGUCAGGGUUGUGGAAGGUGCAGUUCUGGGUGGGACCCCACUCUAUUUCAGUACAUUUACCCUUUUUCCAAAACAUUGUGGCAGCUUUAUUGUACAAUAAUGACUAAUGCAGUGUUUAAAAUGUAUAAAUACACCGUGUUCUAAACACUCUAUGUCUAAUACUGUAAUAACGAGACUAAUACUGUACGUCUGGUUUUCUUCAGAAUAAAGUUUCUGUUUUUCACA